GCUUUUUUGGUGACACGCUACCAUACCACCCCGAGUGGGGAGUCGGCAUCCAGCUCCACGGGACACUGACGCGAGACCCGCAAUGGAGACCACAGCUUGAUAUUUCUGGACUGGGAACUGGAUCGAGAAUGGAGCGGCUGAUUCUGUGUGUGCUGCUGUGUGCCGCCCUGGCGGAGGGCUACAGCUGUCCCGGCCGCUGCAUCUGCCAACACCUGUCGCCGACGCUGACGCUGCUCUGCGCCAAGACGGGGCUCCUGUUCGUCCCGCCCACCAUCGACCGCAAGACGGUGGAGUUGCGCCUCACGGACAACUUCAUCACCGUCAUCCGCCGGAAGGACUUCUUCAACAUGACGAGCUUGGUCCACCUCACUUUGUCCCGCAACACCAUCAGCCAGAUCACGCCCCACGCCUUCUUGGGCCUGCGCUCGCUCCGGGCGCUGCACAUGGACGGCAACCGCCUCAGCGUGAUCAAGACCGACCAUUUCAAAGGCCUGAACAACCUGCGGCACCUCAUCCUCGGGAACAACCAGAUCCACCAGGUGGCUCCGACUUCUUUUGACGAGUUCUUGUCCACCAUCGAGGACCUGGAUCUGUCCAACAAUAACCUGCGCGGCCUACCCUGGGAAGCCAUCGCCCAGAUGACCAACAUCAACACUCUCACCCUGGACCACAACCUGAUCGACCACAUCGGCACCGGCACCUUUACCCUACUCACCAAGCUGGUCCGCCUGGACAUGACGUCCAACCGCCUGCAGAAGCUUCCGCCCGACAGCUUGUUCCAGCACGCUCAGGUUCUAUCUGACGGCAAGGGCUUCAGCUCCUCCACCCUUGCUGUCAGCUUCGGGGGGAACCCGCUUCACUGUAACUGCGAGCUGCUGUGGCUCCGCAGGCUCACCAGAGAGGACGACCUGGAGACUUGUGCCUCGCCGGAUCAUCUCAUGGAUAAGUACUUCUGGUCCAUACAAGAGGAGGAGUUCAUCUGUGAGCCUCCGUUGAUCACCAAACACCUCUCCACUAAACCCUACGUGAUGGAAGGACAGGGGGUCACGCUUAAGUGCAAAGCGGUGGGCGAUCCCGACCCGGAGAUACACUGGCGCUCGCCCGACGGCAAGCUGGUGAACAACAACUCCCGCACCAUCCUGUAUGAAAACGGCACCCUGGAUAUCCUCAUCACCACCCUGAAGGACAGCGGGGCGUUCAACUGCGUGGCGUCCAACGCCGCAGGCAUCGCCACGGCCGCCGUGGAGAUCAACAUGAUCCCCUUGCCCUUAUUUGUAAACAACACGGGCCACAUGCGUGAAGACCCGGGCCUCUCUGACAUCACCACAUCCUCCAAGUCGGGCAAUGACACCAAGGGCUACGACAAGCAGGACAGAAGAGUCAUGGUCAGCCAGCUCACCUCCUCCUCGGCCAUGAUCCGAUGGCCGUCCGAACGCCACAUCCCCGGCAUCAGGAUGUACCAGAUCCAGUACAACAGCACCGCCGAUGACACGCUGGUGUACAGAAUGAUCCCGUCCACCAGCAAGAACUUUGUGAUCAACGACCUGGCGGCGGGGCGUGAGUAUGACCUGUGCGUGCUCGCCGUCUACGACGACGGCAUCACGUCGCUGACCGCCACUCGCGUGGUGGGCUGCAUCCAGUUCCACACGGCCAGCGAGGUCAGCCAGUGCCGCUUCAUGCACAGCCAGUUCCUGGGCGGCACCAUGAUCAUCAUCAUCGGCGGCAUUAUCGUGGCGUCGGUGCUGGUGUUCAUCGUCAUCCUGAUGAUCCGCUACAAAACCUACAGCGGCCCGGAGGACGGCGGCAAAGCCAAGGCGGGCUCCGACACGCCGUCGCAGGCGGUGAACGGCAGCCGCCAGCGGCUCCACCGCUCCGCUUCCAAGCAGCCUUCGGACGAGAGCCAGCACGAGGCCGAGGCCCCUACGGAGUGCAUGGCGCUGGUGCUGAGGGUGGACAAUGAGAAGAAGGACGACGCCACGGCGGCCUCUGCCGUCCUGGAGGCGGAGCUGCCUCCGCCGGCGGCGAACAAGACGAAGCGAAGGACAAGCCUGGAAGCGCCGCGCUUCGUCCUGCCGUUCGAGGACUCGCAGACAGACAGCAGCCUAACGGGCUCCACCAUGUCGCUGUGCCUCAUCGGCCCCAACGCCGGCCCCUCCGAAGCCCCGCGCCUCAAAGACAAAAAGAGCGUGCUCGCCAACGCGGGGCUGCUCCCCAGCGAGCUGGCGCGGACUCGGCACAGGUUCUCCUUCGACGGGGGGGACUACUCCAUAUUUCAGAGUCACAGUUACCCCCGGCGGGCGCGGACGAGGUGGCACCGCUCCACCAGCCAGCUCGACGCCGAGUCAUCGCCCCUCGCCAACCGCGGGGUGACGUUCAGCAGCACCGAGUGGAUGCUGGAGAGCACGGUGUGAGGAGCGGGAAACGCGUUGUAAAAAAAUAAAUUAAAAAAAUAGUCAAGCACAUGCAAAUACGAGCACAUUUUACAAAACUGUGAGCCUGCUCAAGAAACACAAAAAAAAAACACAUCAUCCCGCCUCCCCCGUCAUACUCCAGGAGAGGUUCGUCAGCCAUGUUCUUUCUUCUUUAACGCGGCAGUGCCUUAAUUCUCAGAAGAAAACAAACAAACAAACGUACGAACGGAGGAUGCUGCUCACUGUCGUCACUGCCUCUCCGGCCAUUUCCUUUCUGUUUGUUUCUAACCGUCUGUGUGACGCGCCCAGGAAGCGUUUGUACGUGUUUUUUCUUUCCUAAAAAAAAAAACUGAAAAAAAAACAAA